AUGUAUCUAGUGAAGGAAAUUGAAAAGGGAAACUUUGUUCAGGAAAAAGCUAGGCUUUUGGGGUCGGAGAUCAAACAUGUUCGCUGUUCCUUUUGCACAACCACUUUUGAUCCUCACUCACUAUUCCCAAAUUUCGUUACAACUCUCACUCACCUUCUCACAAGCUUUGUGGAAUCAGAGCAAGCAAUCAAUCGGCAUAUUCUUGACCUGACAAAUGAAACUCAGUGGGAGGUGAUUGGAAAGACAUAUCUACGAUGCAAAAAUAUGGCAAAUGGCUUGAUAUUGAGAAGCUUGGCAAGAGAGGAUGUUUUUUUCUUCAGUCAAGAAUUCAUUGGGCCAAUGAAUGUGUAG